AUGUUGUUACAGCCGCCACACAAUCCUGAAACGGCCUCGAUGCGGAACCGAGCGAUGACGCCUGGACAGGUGGUCAGCGGCAUCCUGCAGAGUGGCUUCUGGCGUUUCGGCGAGCUGACAACAGGGCAAUUCGCGCUCACCAAGCACGAUCCGGUGAACGCGUGGAACCUUGAAUUUGUCGGCGAGGAUUGCGUCAAGCAAAAU